AUGGCGGCGUCCAAGAUGCGCGUUGUGGACAUCCACACGCACAUGUAUCCUCCAUCAUAUAUCAAGAUCCUCGAAUCCCGCUCCGCAAUCCCUCUGGUCCGCACAUUUCCACAGGCACCAGAUCCCCGCCUGAUACUCCUCGAGGCCGAAGUCAAAUCUCUCGAGGAAGCCACUCAAGAUGCCACAGCUAGACUUCCUGGACGGCCGCUCACUUCCCACUUCGCAUCGCUUGCUCAAAAGGUUCAUUUCAUGGACACCCAUGGCAUCGACGUUUCUGUCAUAUCUCUGGCCAAUCCAUGGCUUGAUUUCCUGAGUGCCUCUGAGUCGGGGAAGAUGGCUGAAUCCGUCAACCAAGAGUUUUCACGAAUGUGCAGCGAGCAUCCUGGACGCUUGUUUUUCUUCGCAACUUUGCCUCUAACCGCGCCUCUCGAGACAGUGCUGGCUGCGGUAUCCCAUGUACAAGGCCUCAAAUACUGCAGAGGGAUUAUCCUCGGCACCUCAGGUUUGGGCCAGGGACUCGAUGAUCCCGCUUUACUGCCUAUUUUUGAAGCUGUGGCAGCGGCCCACCUGACUGUCUUCUUGCACCCGCAUUAUGGACUUCCGAAUGAAGUAUGGGGACCUAGAGCCAGCGCAGAGUACGGCCAUGUUUUGCCCCUUGCCCUCGGCUUUCCAAUGGAAACCACCAUUGCAGUGACGCGGAUGUACUUGGCAGGCGUGUUUGACAAGGUGCGGGAUCUGAGAAUGAUCCUAGCCCACAGCGGAGGGACCCUUCCUUUCUUAGCGGGCAGGAUUGAAAGCUGCGUCCUGCAUGACGGACAACUUGUCAGAGAAGGCAAAGUCGGAAAGGGUCGGCGGACAGUUUGGGAGGUUUUGAAGCAACAGAUCUACCUUGACGCGGUCAUUUAUUCCGAGGUUGGACUCAAGGCGGCGAUACACGCCAGCGGCGCCGAUAGAUUGAUGUUUGGAACCGACCACCCCUUCUUCCCACCCCUUGAAACAGAUGAGCAAGGAGAGUGGGAAAGCGUGAGCUUGAAUGCUGCAGCAGUGACCAAGGCUGUUGGUGAAGGGUCGGGAGAGGCAGAGGCCAUCAUGGGAGGCAAUGCUAUAAGCAUCCUUCGCCUUGACCAAGACAGUUGA